UUCUUUUUACCAGACAUGCGAUUUCCUCUUGAUGGAAGCGUGGAGCUUUAUUUUACUCACUCCCCUGACGAACACCCACGAACAGUGUCUAAUGUUUCAUGUGACAAGUCUCCAUGUGCUAUUGCAUCGUGGAACUCAUACGAAAAUAUCAACUUCACUUUUGAGCAAGUGGAUGACCAAGGUGUGGCGGGUGUGGGCAGUGUGAGCCACACACUGGGGCCACUCGACGGCUCUCUUUACGCCACUGUCACUAAGAAACGUCAGCCACCGCCGCCAGCAUCACCACAUUCACCAGUGUCACCACACGCGCCCUCAGCCCACACACCCUCACCCCACGGCCUCGUUAAUGGGCGCUACGCUGCCUCCAUAGACUCUGGUAUCGCCUCCAGCAACUCAGCGGGCGCAGCGCCCGUCUCCCCUCCUACCUCUGAUACUUCCCAGACGUCUGGUGAAUCCCGCGGUACGGCGGCAGCGGUGGCCACGGGGCGGGUGGGGGCUGGGGGGCCUCCACCCUAUGUGGAUGCCCGCCAGCUGGAUGAGCUACUCCAAGGUAUGCUCCUGGAGAUCCAGAAUAUCCCUGACCUCCGCCCCGGCCAGACACCUGCCCCAGACAUAGACUCCAUCCGCUGUCCUGACUUCAGUAUGACGACCAAGACAGACACACGAGUGGGGAUAGUGAGUGGCGGUGCAGGGGAGGCGGGCGUUCACCCAUACACCUCCCACCUCCCCCACUCCCCUGUCAACGGCUACAGCGGCUCCACCACCCACGACUCCCUUUUGGACACCUCUCUCAGCACCACCGCUGAAGACUUGCCCUACCACGCCCGCACUGACAGUAAGCCCUUCAGCUACGGUGCCGUCACGUCCUCGCCACUGCUGGGGAGACGCCGCACGACCUCUGAGGGUGGCGAUGGAGUCCCAGCGCCGCCCUCGCCCUCCAUACACCGACGCAAUUCUCGUGAAACCCUGGGUCAGGCCCGAGCAGGUCUUGAGUCUCCCCGGCUGGUGCGACGCAUGUCGGGCAGCGUCGGGGGCAGCCCAGGUGAAGGCAGCACCAAUACCCGACGAUCGCCCUCGCCGUCACCUUCUCCGGAACCUGGCAGUCGUGGUGGCACGUUACAGCGGCAGCGGUCACACACGCUCACUACUCGACUCAUGUCUGGGGUGGAGUCCACGCCCAACACCUCACUCUCACGCUCAGAGCACACCAGGUCGGCCUCCAGGCUAGACGACUCCUUCGACUACUCCAUCGACCCUCACUGUCGCAGCUUCAGCAGCACUAGCAGCAACAAUGUGUCAUGGCUGCAGAUGCAACAACGUAAAUUGGCAGAAAGGCGAGAAGCCAAAUUCCGAGCUGAGAGAGGACCUCAGGAGGCUCGAAUGCUCUCUGAACUACGCACUCGUAUGAGCCAGCAACAGCGCACAACUGCCACCGGUUCCAAGGAAUUUGAAGAUGGCUAUGUUAGUGACACUACACUUCUGUCUGAAACAUCACGAGAGUCCUCCCCAGUGAAGACAUUGCCUCCGUUAACAAUUAAUACUGGAGUUGCGCCAACCACACCCCAGAAGCCUCCCAUUGGCCAUUCUACCCCAGCUAGGGGCAACUCAGCUCCUUCAUCUCCUAUUCUGCCUACCAGGUCAGCCUCACGGGAACGCUCAGUCAGAAAUAAUGCGCCUUCAAACAGCCAGCGAAGUCUUCCCAGAAAGCAGCCUGACAUGUUAGAAAGGGAGAGACCUUUUGUAGCUGUUAAAAGGGCACAUGAACAUGCCAAGCCAAGUGAAUCAGUGGAUUCUUCAGCAGCUCUUAGUCAGCUGCAAACCUCUCCACAUGGCCAUAUUAACUACUCAUCAUACUCUUCAUCCAGUCCAGUUGAUGGUCUUCUAACAACAGUUGUUUCAUCAUCAAAUCAGGAGGGACUCGACUCACUAGAUGCUCUGAGUGCCACUCUUGCCAGUCUGGGCUCCCCCACUCAUCCCCCUACCUCUACUACCUCACCGCCCAACCCCAUAAGCAGCACCACCACCACCAUCACCACCACUGCUGUCACCACCUCUGCUGAGUCACAAUCAAUUCACACGGCUCAAACAUCCCAGAGCCGAGAAGAGAGUGCCUGGCAGAGCGAUACUGAAAGUAGUUUUGGUGGGACACGACCAAUCACUCCUGGUUUUCCCCCUGCAACACCUACGACCCCAUACCUGAACCAGGGACUUCCGCCAAAAAGUCCAACCAUGCAACGAAGAGCUCACCUUGGCCUGUCUUCUCUCUCGUCUCGCCCUACCGUCAAAAAGUCUGCGUCACUUCCCAGCAAAGAAAUGGGAGUGAGAAGCCCAUCCCCUGCUACAUCGCAAACAUUACGACAAGAAGUCAAUGGUCACUCAAGCCCAGCUCCUUCCCUUUAUCAUGGCCAGUCACGGCGUUCAUCCCUCACCUCCCUCAGCGAGUCAACGGAGGUCAUUUCUUCACAUCCCAAGUUUGUUAAGGACAUCUCAAAGUUCUGGUAUAAACCAACCAUAACAAGAGAUGAUGCUAUAACAAUGCUCAAGGACAAGACACCAGGCACGUUUGUUGUUCGAGAUUCCAACUCGUUCCCUGGAGCUUUUGGCCUGGCCUUGAAAGUUUCUACUCCACCACCGAACGUGACAACAAAGUCCAGUGACCCAGCUAGUGAGCUAGUGCGUCAUUUUCUUAUUGAACCAACUUCAAGAGGAGUCAGACUCAAAGGAUGUGCAAAUGAACCUGUAUUUGGUUCCUUGUCUGCUCUAGUAUAUCAACACUCCAUAACAGCUCUAGCUCUUCCAUGUCGCUUGAUGCUUCCCGAGAAGGAUCCAGCAGGUGCAGCAGAUACUGUAGACAGUGGUGCUAGCACAAGUAGUGGGAGCAGUUCUACUACACAACUUCUGCAACAAGGGGCAGCAUGCAAUGUCAUGUACUUACACUCAGCAGAUACUGAAAGCCUCACUGGUCCCCAGGCUGUGAAACGUGCUGUCAGUCUUAUGUUGGCUUCAAAGAUAAUGCCAACAGUUGUUCACUUCAAGGUUUCUGCACAGGGUAUUACUCUAACAGACAAUGAGAGGAAACUGUUCUUCCGUCGACAUUACCCAGUAAAUACUAUCUCUCAUUGUGGCCUAGAUCCUGAUGAUAGGCGCUGGACACACAAGAGUGAAGAAGGGGCUGCACUUGGAUCUCUUCGAGUUUUUGGAUUUGUGGCCAAAAAGGGAGCAAGUAGAACAGAGAAUCAGUGCCACAUUUUAGCCGAACUAGAACCUGAACAGCCUGCAACAGCAAUCUGCAACUUCGUUACAAAAGUUAUGAUGACCAGUGUGAGCCGACCCAACCUUGUAUAGUUUCAAGAGACUGGAAACUGGAGCACAGAUCCAUUUCCCUAGAUCAAGAGCCCCUCACCAAGGAACCUCCCAGGAGGGAAAAGUUCGCAUCCUGAAAUUUCGUUUGUAUCCAGAAGCAAAAAAUCAACCGAGCAAUUGUUCGUAUCCUGAAAAACUCACAUGGUGGGGCAUUCGUAAGCCGAGGUUCCACUGUACAUACAUACAUAAUGAGUUGAUUAGGGAGUAUUUCAAUCAGUUUUCAUCAGUGAUCUUCUUGAAUCUGAUUGGAAAAACUUUAUCAAAGCAGCUUUUGCUUAGAAGGCAAAGAAAGAGGGAAGAAUAGUUUAUAAAAAAACAAAGAAACUGGCAAGUAAUGACACAGAUUACAUAUAGUAAUAUCAGCAUAUGUGAUACAUUAUGCAAAAAAAAAAAUGACACUAGAAUUUGUUUUCUUUUGAAGACUUAUUAGGGAGUAGACUGGUAAUCAAAGUAUCUAAGUAAAUUUUAUGUACCAUCUUAUUUUGCACCAUAGUGGCAAAGAGUUUCCUCAAAAAUUAAGAGCAUGUGAAGAAGUGUAAAAUUUAUCUUUUUUCAGUGCAGUGUUGUGUCAUUUUACACUUUAAAUAUCAUGUUACUCAUUUUCAUGUAAUUCAUGUGUUUAUCAAUCACAUAAAGUCUCAUUGUUUUGCUUUACAUGUGUGUUGCAUAGGUUAUAUAACCUACCAUAUGAUUAUACUUUAUUGAAUACUAUAGGCAGAUUUUAAUAUAUAUGAAAUAUGUUGUUUUUUCAUUAAUGUUUCAAAAUAUAUUUCUUCUCUGUAAAAUAUGCAAUAAUGACUGUUGGGUCUUGCUUCUAUUAUGCACUGGCAAUCAAUAUGCAAACAAUUAAUGCUCCAGAACAUUGGAUACAAUUCAUUAACACCUGCAGAUAUAUGAAUUAUUUGUAUUUAAUGUAAAUCUGCAAUUAGAGUAUGCAUAAAUCUAAGGCAAGUUAAACCAGUGACAAUUUGGUAGUGUAAAUUUUGUAUUUAGUGAGUAUUCUAGUUAAACCUUUGUAUUGGCAGUCUUGAGUAUCUGCGUGAAAACACACUUGACCAUGUGUCAGUCAAUAUUCCAGGCAUCUUUGAAUGUUUUGUACAUAAUGUCCAUAUGUUUAAGUCAUAGUAAUACAAAACUUUUAAUAGUUUUAAAUACUUGUAAAUCAUUCUUCCAUACUGUAACUUCCACCUACUGGAUAAAAAGACAUUUGAGCAGCACAGUACAUAGCAUCAACAGAUUUGCAAAGUUAGCAAAAUCUUUAGUUGGUAAGUUGUUUGUAGACCAAUUUGUGGUCAUACAAUUACACAUUUUCAUUAAUAAAUAAUUACAAGUGCUAAGGACAUAUUUAUAUUUGCCAGAUGAGGUAGAGCAGGUAAGAGGCCUGGCUGAACUGACAAGGAAGCAGUUAGUUCCUGUAUUACACUUACAAGGUGCUUCUUAACUCGUGUAAAUGACCUCUUUCAUGCUUCUUCCACAAAUAAAGAACAAUUUCA